CCCACACAGAGAGGGCGCUCUAGCCCGCGGAUUUGGCUGGCUCCUUUCGCCUGCCCCAGGAAAGCCCCCAAGUCUGGCGGUACCCAAAGCGGGCUGGGAAUUCCGGACUCCGGGGCUCCGUGGUCGCAGAGGCACGAGACGUGCGUGGGAGGGAGGUCUUGACAUCUGCCCAUCAUGGACCUCGCCUGCACUUGCUCCAGCUUCCAGUCGGAUCUGGAUUUCUGUCCUGAUUGCGGCUCAGUCCUGCCUCUGCCAGGGACUCAGGAUACAGUCACCUGUACUCGCUGUGGCUUCUCCAUCAACGUGCGAGACUUCGAAGAAAAGGUUGUGAAAACCUCAGUCACGUUCCACAAACUGGGGACAACCAUACCUAUUUUGAUGGAGGAAGGACCUGAAUUCCAGGGACCCGUGGUUGACAGGCGCUGCUCUCGCUGUGGUCAUGAGGGCAUGGCAUACCACACCAGACAGAUGCGCUCAGCCGAUGAAGGGCAGACUGUCUUCUACACCUGUGCCAACUGCAAGUUCCAAGAGAAGGAAGACUCUUGAUUUUUUUGUUUUGUUUUGUUUUGUUUCCUGGGCAACUCAACAACCCCUCCCUCUCCUUUUCCUUGGAAGAUGAAGGAUAUUGGGUUCCUAGAUCCUUGUCCAUCUUCUGGCUGCAAUAUUUGCUUCCAGAAGAGAAGCAGAUCAUCAUGUGGGGAUUACCAUUGUCCCCAGGGUACUCCUAUUCCAAGUUGAGUUUUUCUUAUUAAAGCUAUAUUUUUCAAUAAGACCCAGAUAUAUGUAUGUUACUUAUAAUUUGUCUUGUUCCAAAUGUAAUUUAAAUCUUAUAGAGAUAUAUUUGUUCUUUCAACAAAUAUAUCAGCUACACAAAGAUGUAAAUU